AUACUGCGGAUGCUGGAAAUCUGAAACAAAAAAGUGUUGGAAAAACUCAGCAGGCCUGACAGCAAUUGUGGAGGGAAAGACAAAGUUAACUCUUCUUCGGAGCCACACGGAUUCGAAACGAUUCGUCUUGACGUUUUGCCUGUGAGAAACAAUGCAGCAGCACUGGAGUGUCAGUCUGAAUUAUGUCCUCAAAUCCUGAAGUGGAAUUUGAACCCACAACCUUCUGAACUCAAGAGGGGAGCAUCAGUUAGAGUCACGUGAUCCUUUGGUGGCACUCUUGAAGUGCCAAGUCUCGUUACUCGUCUUCAGGCUCAGCAAUGGCUUCUGUUACUGCGAAUGUUGAUUCCAAAGCCGAGCUCACUUCAUUACUGGAGCAGUGGGAGAGGGAGAACAACAAUGGGCAGAAUGUUGUCCCUGUUUUGACAAAGAUUUCAGACCUCAUUGAGAAGGAGACUGAGGAGUACCAUAAGGCUGACCCUGAUCCCUUUGAUGAUAGGCACCCAGGUCGAGCAGAUCCAGAAUGUAGACUGGGACAUCUGUUAAAAAUACUGUUCAAAAAUGAUGAUUUUAUGAAUUCGCUGGUGAAUUCUUACGUGAUGACCAGUCGAGAUCCUUCAGUCAACACUUCAGCGUGCCGUCUCCUGUUGGACAUCAUGCCAGGACUGGAAACUGCUGUUGUCUUUCAGGAGAAGGAGGGAAUUGUUGAAAACUUAUUCAAGUGGGCAAGAGAAAGUGAUCAGCCACUGAGAACCUACGCCACUGGUCUCCUUGCUGGGGCCAUGGAAAACCAAGACAUUGCAGCCAACUACCGGGAGGAAAACUCGCAGAUGGUGCCAGUAAUGCUGCAACGCUUGCGAGAUUUGCAAAUGCAAGACUUGGAAAACAAUCAGAAGAUGAAAUGGCAGAGCCCACGGAGGCCACACUUCACACCACUACUUCCAAUGGACGAGGAGGCGGUAGACAUGGACUAUGGCGACACAGCAAAAGCCGAGGAUGGUGAGGACUGCACUGAUGAUGUGUCCUUCCAGAUUAAUUCAUCACAUAAAACCAGCAGCAGGGUCAACUCCUCUGUCAAGAACACAGAAAGCGAGGAUGGAGUGAAGGGGAAGGAUGGGCGAAGGACUGAAAGGGAGGAUGUAAGGAAAGCGACUAAACAAAGACUCAGCUUUAGCAACUUGGACCCUGAACGAAUAUGCAACGAGCAGUCAAACAGCUGGUCAGAAAUGUCAUCUUGGGUGAUUGGCAAUAAUUAUAACCUUUUCCCUUUGACCUCUGCCAUUGAGCAAAGGUUAAUUCUACAGUACUUGACACCCUUGGGGGAAUAUCAGGAGUUGUUGGCUGUGUUCAUGCAGCUUGGUGCUCGAGAACUGCUGAUGUACUACAUUGACCUUAAGCAGACUAAUGAUGUCCAGCUCACCUUCGAAGCACUUAAGUACUUGGCCUCACUGUUGUUGCACAAAAAAUUUGCUGCAGAGUUUGUGGCUCAUGACGGAGUUCAGAAGUUGCUGGAGAUCCCCAGGCCCUCCAUGGCUGCUACUGGUGUAUCCCUGUGUCUGUACUAUUUGGCUUACAACCAGGAUGCAAUGGAACGGGUCUGCUUGCUGCCACAGUAUGUACUGUCCGAUGUCGUCAGCUACACCCUGUGGCUGCUGGAGUGCUCCCACGAGUCAGGCCGCUGUCACGCUACCAUGUUUUUCUCCAUCUCGUUCGCCUUCCGCUCCAUCCUGGAGCUUUUUGAUAAGCAAGAUGGUCUUCGGCGCGUGGUUAACCUAAUCAGCACACUGGAAAUCUUAAACCUAGAAGAUCAAGGUGCUCUGCUCAGUGACGAUGAGAUCUUUGCCAGCCGCCAGACUGCCAAGCAUACAUGUAUGGCACUGCGUAGGUACUUCGAGUCACAUCUGGGGAUUAAACUGGAGCACGUGAAAAGAUCCUUGCAACGGACUGAAGGAGGAGCUAUUAUUCACCCACACCCACCAUGUAAGGCCUGUUCCUACACCCAUGAGCAGGUUAUGGAGAUGAUGGAGUUUCUGAUCGAAUAUGGCCCAACAAGACUGUUCUGGGAGCCAGCUGAGGUCUUUCACAAGCUGUCUUGCGUACAACUUCUUUUACAGCUCAUAUCCAUCGCUUGUGAUUGGAGGACUUAUUAUGGCAGGAGUGAUACUGUUCGUUCUGCUCUAGAUGUACUGGCUGUCCUCACUGUGGUUUCCAAAACUCAGCUUUUGCUAGCAGAACCUGUAGAUGUGAUGGAUGAAGGGUCCUCCACUGUGACUGCGGUGGGGAUGAGCAUUAUCCUCGGAGUUGCCGAGGGGGACAUCUUUGCAAACGAUGCUGAGACACAGAAAUCUGCGCUUCAAGUCAUUAUCAACUGCGUCUGUGGGCCUGAUAAGCGUAUCUCCAGCAUCGGCAAGUUCAACUCCGGGACCCCUCGUCGGAAGAGCCUGCAGAACCCCAAGAGCACAGAGAGUGUACUCACCAAGAUGUGGAACAUGGUGCAGGCCAACAAUGGCAUCAAGGUGCUGCUGUCCCUGUUGACCGUGAAGGCGCCCAUCACAGAUGCGGAUCAGAUUCGCACCUUGGCAUGCAAGGCCCUUGUGGGCCUGUCCCGGAGUAGUGCUGUGAAGCAGAUCAUCAGCAAGCUGCCCCUGUUCACCAGUGGUCAGAUCCAGCAGCUGAUGCGAGAGCCAGUGCUGCAGGACAAGCGGCAUGAGCAUGUCAAGUUCUGUAAAUAUGCCUCUGAACUGAUUGAGCGCGUCUCUGGGAAGCCACUAUCCAUUGGCUCUGACGUCUCACUGGCCCGCCUUCAGAGGGCAGACGUGGUAGCACAAACUCGGAUCACCUUCUCUGAGAAAGAACUGCUGUUGCUCAUCCGCAACCACCUGGUGUCUCACGGCCUGCAUGAUACUGCCUCGGCGCUCACCAAGGAGGGCGAUCUUCCCAGGACACCAGCCAUCCAGGCCACAGCACCGCAUUCUUCACCCUUUGCAACUGCUGCCCCUGGCACCUCCCCAGUCAGCUUACCCCGGACUCCCAGACUAGCCAACGGCAUUUCAUCUCGAACGAUCAACUUGCCUGCGUUUUCAUCACCCUGCCAAGCAAAGGUGGCAGUUUCUCAAGGGGCCCCCUCCACCCCUGGGCUCUCCUGCACCAAUGGCUCACCUAUAAUUGGCAAGAUAAGCUUCUCUAAGGAGAAGCCAUCUCCCUGCAACGGCACCAACCUGAAGAAGCAGAGACUAAUUAGGCAAAAGUCAGACUAUGGGGCUUACAACCAGACGCCAGCCAUUAAAAAACAAUUGGACCGCCACCUACCAUCGCCACCCUCCUUGGACAGCAUCAUAACAGAGUACCUGCGGGAACAGCAUGCCCGCUGUAAGAACCCUGUUGUUACCUGCCCUCCGUUUUCCCUCUUUACCCCUCACCAGUGCCCUGAGCCAAAACAGAGGCGGCAGGCACCAUUGAACUUCACCUCCCGUGUGACGCACAGGGCUGCCUUCCCAAAGUACGGAGGAGUGGAUGGGGGCUGCUUUGACCGGCAUCUUAUCUUCAGCAGAUUCCGGCCCAUUUCUGUGUUCAGGGAAUCCGAUGAGGAAGGCAGUGGUUUUACGUGCUGUGCAUUCUCUGCCCGAGAGCGUUUUCUGAUGCUGGGGACGUGUACCGGAGAACUCAAGCUCUACAACUUAUUUAGUGGCCAAGAGGAGGCCACAUACGCCUGCCAUAACUCCGCCAUAACGCACCUAGAGCCAUCCAGGGAUGGAUCCUUGUUAUUGACAUCAGCAAGUUGGGGCCAGCCCCUAUCUGCUCUCUGGGGAAUGAAGUCUGUCUUCGACAUGAAGCACUCUUUCACAGACGAUCAUUAUGUGGAAUUCAGUAAACUCUCUCAGGACAGAGUCAUUGGGACAAAGGAGGAAGUGGCUCAUAUAUACGAUAUCCAGACUGGCCAAAACAUCCUCACUCUCUACAACCCUGACCUAGCCAACAACUACAAGCGGAAUUGUGCAACAUUUCACCCUACAGAUGAUUUGGUGUUAAAUGACGGAGUGCUGUGGGACAUCCGUUCAACACAGGCCAUUCACAAGUUUGAUAAGUUCAACAUGAACAUCAGUGGAGUGUUCCAUCCAAAUGGGCUAGAAGUCAUCAUCAAUACAGAGAUUUGGGACCUGCGGACAUUUCAUCUCCUGCACACUGUCCCAGCAUUAGACCAGUGUCGCAUUGUCUUCAACAACACAGGCACAGUUAUCUAUGGAGCUAUGCUGCAGGCAGAUGAUGAAGAUGAUUUGAUAGAAGUGCGGAUGAAAAGUCCCUUUGGAUCCUCUUUCAGGACCUUUGAUGCUACUGAUUACAAACCAAUAGCAACCCUUGACGUGAAGAGGAACAUUUUUGAUCUUUGCACAGACACAAAGGACUGCUAUCUGGCUGUGAUUGAGAACCAAGGUGGUAGCAUGGAUGCCCUAUCGAUGGACACUGUCUGCAGAUUAUAUGAAGUAGGACGUCAGCGGCUUGCUGAGGAAGAGGAUGAAGAGGAGGAUCAGGAGGAAGAGGAGGAGGAUGAUGAUGAUGAUGACGACGACGAUGAUGAUUCUGAAGAUGACCUGGAUGAUUUGGAUACCGACCCACUGCUGGAUGGAGAGGAUGAAAAUAACGGGAGUGAAGCAAAUGCAGCCCAGGAUGGAGAACGUGACUUCACACCUUCUGAUGAAGAGGAGUUGGAAGCUCUACUGGGUAAUGGUGAAGAGGAGGCUGAGGAGGAAGAGGAGGAGGAGGAGGAUGACUGGGAGGAUGAAGAUACAGACAUUCUUGGAGAUUCGGAUACCACAGAUAACUCUGACUUGGAAGAUGAUAUCAUCCUGUCCCUGAAUGAAUGAUGCCACCAGCUGGAUCUUUAGACCUGGCAAGAAUCAAGGUCCAGGCGUGAGGAAUGCCCCCUUGGUGGAGGCAGCAGAGGAUAGCAAGAGUAAUGAAGAAUGUUUUACUUCAGGGACCGUGAGUUCAGCCCUGACACGCGCACACGAGGAGAAAGAAGCAAAAAAAAAUAAUCAAUCCACUUGUAACUUUCUCAUCAAGUUGUAUGUGGCUACAAAAACUGGUCAGCUCCCGCGGGCUGUGGAGCUGUGGAAUAAUCUUGCCUCAGUGGCUAAGAGGCAGCGAGGUUGUGUAAGGUCUGCCAUUCACACCUUAGCAGCUUCACAGGAUAGAGACAGUGCAUUUUUUAAAAAAAAAAAUUGGAGAACAGUUUUUUAAUGGAUUUUCUAAAAGACAUUUGUUUAUAUGUGUGUGUGUACAUAUAUAUAUAUUAAAAAAGUGGAAGGUUUAUAAAGAGAACCAUAUAUAGAGAGGUCAGAAUUAAGAGAUGGGCCAUAAUUUUCCACCUUUCAUGCCACGGGUAAAGUUUUUGGCCUGAACUCAGUGCUCUGCUCAAUGCAUCUCAUUACUGCUCACAUUUUAACAUGAGAGAGCCUCUCAAUCGGUGUUGCAGAAUAUAGAUUGUGCUUUAGUUGCUGUGGCCUCCUGGGUACAAUAAGUGUUGAUAAAUUAAUCAGGAUGCUGAGAGGCAGCGGAUGUGCCAAUAAAUGAUCGCCUUUAAUCAAACUUUCAUGUGACAAGUACGCAAAGCAAUUGUGUCCCAGCAUUUCCCACUGCUCAGGGUCAGGCACACCCUCGCCUAGCUUCAACCUGCUGAAAAGGGAGAGGGAUGCUAGUCUCGUUCUCAUUUCCACUGCUUGUAGGGAGAUUACAAGUCAUGUAGAACGUGUGUUAAAUGUGACUGCAAUACGCAGUAUUAUUCUCUUAACAUUAGGAGAGGCGCUCUGGUGUAGUAGGGGUUACUGUUAACCUUUUGUAUCCUGGUCAUCUUUGUAGCUUCUCUAAAUGGCAAUGCUGGCUAAUGGUCCUUUUUUGCAGAGAUUAAACAUAGCUCAAUUCAUGCAAAGGGAGCAGGUUUCCAUUCCAUCCGUGUGGGCUGACUUGUCCCAAAUGUAAAAGGUCUAUACUAUAACCUGUAGCAGGGUUUCAUAUCUUACCAACCUUACAACAGGCAGCCAGAGCCAUAGAGGAGUCUCCUCAAGGAAUUGUAAUGUACCUCUAUAUGAGUAUCUCUUGAUAACAUAAAACCUCCCCUUAUUCCAGUGAUUUAAGUGACUGUGAUCUUCUCAUGAUACUAAAAUUCAGUGGGUCUCUUGCUUUCUGAUUUUACAGUUCCUUGCUGUUGUCCCUGGAUAUUCUUUUAAGCACAUUUCAUUCUCUGUCAACCCUUUUCCACUUCUAGAUAAAGACCUUAGCUGUGGUUUACAACAAUCAAGACUGCAUCCAAGUCUCUGAAAUUUUGACAUAAUGACCGUAGUUUUUAGAUUACUGCCCUGCCUGUUUGAGGUUUCCCCUCCCCUCCUACCAUCUGGGAAUAGAAUUGAGAUGAAGUUUGGUGCCAAUCUAAGCAGUGAGUGACUGUGAUCUAAUGAACUCUGGGCCAGUAUGGUAAUCGAGCAUUGUGUGCAAACAACAUUUAGAAGAGGGUAGAAUACGAGGCCUGAGCAAUCCUGUUGCAGAUUUUAGCACAAGUUUGAGUAAGCACCAUAAGUAUCUGACCUGGACGUAGUGCCUGACAUGUCUCUUCUGUAUAUUUAAAUUAUCAUGUAUCUUGGGGGUUGGAGAGGGGGGUGUGCUUAGUGGAACACAAACUGGCUUUUCAUCUGAGAUCUGAAUUCUAAUCUCUUAGGUGGCAGUGUUUAAAGUCACUCUUGCCUGGCUGUCAGAAUCCUAUAUAAAGUGGAUUUUUUGGAACGUCUCCAUCUUUCUACUGAUGGAGAUGGACACAUGAGGCCUGCUUAGUUGUCUUGCGUAAGUGGCUGAUGUGGUAAUGUCACACUGCAGUUGGGCAGGUAUCUGCAUUGUACAAAAUCUGGGUGUUCUGAUUUAGGAAUUGCCCAUUAGUGCUUAAAGCAGCUCUUUCCAAACCUCCAGGUUCACGAAAUUCAAACAGGAGAAACUAAUGAAUAAGGGACCUAGGGCUACUGACAUUGAGGGAUCUGGUCAUCAAUGACCAGGUUGCAGAGCCUGAGGCUGUUGAACGUCCAGUUGUAGGACGUACCUCGGGUUGGGGCUGAUGCACUUGUGACAGUUUAGAGGGAUCAUUUCUCUGUAUUUAAAUGAUGCUGGACCUGCCCUGGGACUGGGUACAGGACAGUGAAUAAGGGAGCUUUACCCUGUUUCUAACCUGUGAUGUAAUAUGACCUAUGAGUGCCUGAUGCUCACUCUAAAUUCCUGAAGUGGAAUGUGUUCCACAUCCCCAGUGCUGUCUUCUAUCUCAUGAGCUUAAAACUCUCCAAGGAAAGACACAGCCCCAGUAGAUCUUAACACUUUAAUAAAUGUGCUUGCAAUCAUCAUUGAUCUGGAAACUCUUACCCUGAGUGGGGUGAGCACAGCACUAGCCAGCCUUGAGGCAGGCAUGUUUCAAAUAAAUAAUUUUUUUGAAGCCCCCGUGUGUGUUCCUCUUGGAACAGAUUCAAAGCAGUGUGUUAAAUCUUGUUGGCAUACCGUUAUUGUUUGUGGGCUUGUAAGGAUGCGGGUCAAAGUACCACUGAAGUAACUUGUCAAGAAGGGCACAGGAAAACCCUGUUAAUAACAAAGGGUUAAUUCUUUAGCCCUCUGCCUUUGUUCCCCUGACAGUAGCUGCUGACGAUUAAGCCAAAUGAUGGCCCUAAUACAAGUAUCUGCCACUAAGUGGUGCUAGAAUACAGGAAAUGCUGGUUGCAUGGACUGUGCCCGGGCACGUGAUGUCAAGGAUGGUGCUUUUUUAAAGAAACUUUUGUUAUUUUUCCAUUUGUUCUUGCUGGAUCUGGUUGACAGGUACAGAGUAACUUGUGCUACUGCCCAGCCGUAAUGUGGACUGUUAGUGGCAAUACACCUCUACCAAUGGAUUUUCAAAGUCCUUUUUUAUAUAUAUUAAAAAAAGAAAGAAAUAUGAAUAGCUUGUCAGUGAGUGAAAAAAAGACAAGCAGGGACUGGAACUGCGAUUACCUUUCCAGAGGUGUCUCAAAUUUUUUUGUGCAUCUUCUUGUAAUUUACGAGCCUAUGAUACGAAGCACAAAAAGGAAACUGUAAAAACAAUAUUAGGCCUUGUACAGAAUUUAGCUGAAAUAUUUUUAUUACUGAAAUCAAAAGAAUAAAGAUUACGCAAUCAGAGUCCA